AAUAUUGUCAAAAUAAACAAAAUUGAAUUUGAUAGUGCCAAUAAAAUUAAAAAAACAAUUUAAUUAAUCUGGAAUUGUCCCAUAAUAUAUAUCGCGAGUAGAUGAAUUAACAUGAUAAUAGAUUUAUAAAUAAUCAAAAUGAAAUCGAAUCUUAAAGAAGAACUGAAAAAAGAAAUAAUACAGGAAUUAAAUCUGAAACUUGGGGGAGACAUCAAUAAUUUACAAGCGGCAUAUGAGUUGGAAAAUGACUUAGUUGAAAGGAGGGACCGUCUUGAAAGCUCACUUAAUGCCGCAAACGAUGAAGGUUCUACAAAGCUGUCGUCAGCUAUUACCAAAGCAGAGCUCAAUUCAAAGCAAAUUAAUAAUUUGAAAAUAAAAAGUGAAGAAUUUAAGAAAAGAGCUGAAGAAUUUCUCAAUAAAACACAACCUAUGAUGAAAGAAUUAGACAAAAGGUUUACAGCAAUUGGAAAAUUAGAAAAGGUGUUAGAUUAUCUCAAAUCUUAUGCCAAAAUUCAAGAUCUAAGUCAACAGAUGAAAAGUUGUAAAGAUGAUGAGCAACUGGUGCUAAUGUAUAGUGAAAUGAAGAAAUUGUGUCUGCAGUACAAGAAUUCGCACCAGGCCACUUAUGCCAAGGAAUAUACUCAUUACUGGCACAAUAUUUUAAAAGAGAACUUGACAAAGCAUUAUGAUGAUGUUUUAAAACAAUUGAAGUGGCCAUUCACAACGGGUGCUGAAAACUCGCCUGUACCAAAAGAAGUUAUGAAUAAAUUUAAAAAUUUAACUAAAAAUCUAUUUCUAAUUCAAGAACCUGAGGAUUUAAUGGCCAAAGUGACUGUUACUGGAGAUUUUUCUGCAGUUCAAGAUCCCUGCCUACCAAUAAGAGUCCUUCUCCGGCCUUUAAAGAAGCGAUUCACGUUCCACUUUACUGGGACACGACAAACUGCAAGGAUUGAUAGGCCAGAGUGGUUCCUUACUCAAACAUUGACUUGGAUUAAAGAUCAUCAGGGCUUUAUAAAGAACAAUGUACAGCCGAUAGCUGAUAAACUAGAAUUGAAGAAUGUUAAUGCUGUUGAUGAAUUCAAUGAAGGCUUAGUUGCAUUAGCUGCUGAGAGGCUACACACUGUACUAGCACUCUACCAUACUCAAGCCGCUAAAGGAGAUAUUGUUGAUGUGGACGCAGCAUUUGCUCAUGCCGUGGAUGAAACUUUGGGUUUUCAUAAAGAACUAUCGGAGAUCACAGGAUUUGAGUCAAACAGUGUAUUAUCGGUAUUGACUAAAGCUGAAACAUUUGUGCGAUGGUUGGCUGUUGAGAAGAAAUAUGCUCUAACAAAAAUGGAUGAAAUGCUAGACACUGAGCAAUGGAUAGAACCGGUAGCGGCUGGUGUAGGUGCGGCGGUCGGUUCGCUUGUUUGGGUGCCACGGGGUUCUGAUUGGUUCAUAUCCUUGUUGAAGACUAUUGAGGAUAGAUAUGCUACUCUACCGCAGCCGGGACAUCGCAUACAGUUCCUGGAGCUACAACUGGAACUAAUAGAAGAGUGGCGUGUACGUCUCACACAAAUAAUGAGUGCAGCAGCUGACAAUCUAACGUCGGAUUGCUUCUUGGUGGCUGGACCACACCCCCUCACCGCUAUCAUAAACGCGGCUCAACAUUGCAGGACUGUGCUAUUGCAGUGGGAGCAUUCCUUGCACUACCUCCAACUCUACUACUACAAGCGGCAGUUCCAGCAGUUCACGCAGCAGCAGCACGCCAAUGAUGAAGGUGACUCCAUCACCUCGGAUGAUGAAUACGAUGAAGAAAAUUAUGGGGACUAUAGAUAUGAUGGUGAAAAUGAUGGUGUUAUGUGCUUAGAAGAGGUUGAAACAAGUGCCAAAGAUAUGGCCAUAAAGGAAGUUAUCAAAAGACAUUCGAUCAUCGAUGCGAAUGGAUAUGAUACGACGCCAAUAGCGAACCCCGCAGUAACAUUUGAUGAGAAUGACGUUGGCGUGUUUGGUGACGCACCAGCACUAUUGUUGCAUCUGCGACAAGCUUCACUCGCGUCGCUCAUACAUUUUAUGAUCCUCGAGUUUAGAGCCGACAUCCACAGUUAUAAGAAGCAGAAAUGGCACGCAAUGCUAACAGUAGAAGACCGAGCUCUCUCGAUGUCGGGUGCUCUGUGCCGGCCGCUGUCUACUCUGUGCACGCGGCUAGUUACAGUCUCUGAAACAUUAGCGCCGUCUAUAGCACAUUUCCUGAAAACUGAGUUGGGUCUGCAAGUUGAUGAGUGUUUAUUUAAAGACGUGGUAUUGAACAACUGGUUCAACACGGGCGGCACGUUGCAGUUCACGCACGACGUGACACGGAAUAUCAUACCGGCUUUCUCUUGUGUGGGAGAUAAGCCUGUUGAUAAUAAUCCUGUGCCGAGACUAGCCGAAUCCUGCACGCUACUAAACUUGGACUACGACGACGCUCGUCGCAUACGCACUGGUCUAGCUAAGAACGACCCUGACGUCAUUACAUCCAUCAUGGCGAUGGGCGUAGUGACUGUAACAACACACGAAGCUUUGCAAAUCCUCAACCAGAGGACUGACUUGGCAGAUGCGUCAACACCCACUUCGGUUAUGGAACUGUUCUAAAGCAGAGAAAUUACAUAUGGCCAAGUCAGUUGAUCUUUCUUUUCUCUUUAGUUCUGGAUAAACACGAUUGACAAUUUUGUCAAGAUUUGCAAAUCCUUAACCAGGGGACUGACUUGGCUGAUUUUUCAUCACCCAAUGUCACUAUCAUUUACGCCUUUAGUACACCUACGCAUUCGUAUGCGGCAGCGAAUCUCUGCGAAACUACUGCGUAGCGAAAUAUCUGCGGAACGUUAGUAAACAGCAAUGUUUUCGCAACUUUUUCGCAAUGCGUCUGUGUAAUGGCCAUUUCGCAGUUCCUUGCGAAACAAUACUGACAAGGACGCAACUAUUUCAUCUAUCUAUGUGCUAGAGUGAGACAUAUCAUAAGCGAAAUCCUGCCACACUACUGACAGUUUUUUCGUUGCUUCGCUGCCGCACGCGAAUACGUAGGUGUACUAACGCCCUUAGUUAUUAUACUGUUGUAAGGCAUGGGGUAUUAUUUGAAUACGAAAAUGGUACUUAUAUUACAAGAAAUAAGGUUUUAUGGCAAAGAAGUAUUAAACUAUUAAGCCAAAUGUAAGCGAGCGCCCAUCAUACAAUGAGAGGUCUUCAUAUAAAUAAUUUUAUUGUAAUUCAUAGUUGUUUUUAUUUAUAUUUUGUACAUAUUUUUAUUUGUAAUUAUAUAAAUAGCUGGUGUUUGCUUUCUUGCUAUUUUAGCAUAUAUAUAUUAUUUAUUUAUACGUGGAUCAUAAAUUAGAAGGCAAAUGUCUUUGUUUCCACUGUAAUUUAUUAUUUCGAAAAAAUGCCAGAUGCCAAAGGAAUAUGUUGGAUUUUGGUCAGUUAAAAUAUUUAUAUGAUAAUCUGUUAUCGAACUUAAGGAAUACUGGGUUAUUUGUAUAACGACGCAUUUACAUCAAACGAACAUAGAGCUACUGCAAGAGCAUUAUUUUGUGAUCUUUUAGUGUAAACAAAAAUUGGUAUUCAGUGUUGUUCAGUAUAAGAACAUUUCAUAGAAUUUUUUCGAAUUCACUAAGAACAACGAAAUAAUGCUCUACGCCUGUUUACCUAUACUAAAAUGGGGUAGGUACCGUGAGGUUAAUAAUAAUCUAAUGAGCAUUCGCUCGUUUGAUGUAGAUUCACCGUUAUAUGCGUUCUGGAAUUAUUUCGAUGUAUUAGCCAAUUUUUUAUGUCCUGUAUUAUUUAUUAUUAUUUAGUUGCUGGUUAAGUAUUGCUAUUUUAAAAAUUUUAAUUUUCAUAAAUGUUAGUGGAUGAGGUGAGAAUAAAACAUAUUGGUAAGAUUUAUUAAAACAUUUUUAAUGUUCAUAAAUUAUAAUGUAUUCAGAAAUGUCUCUGUAUAUUUAUGUUCUUUAAAUAUUUAGCUAUAGUAUUUGUCAGUGUUUACAUAAAUAGUAAAAAUAAUAUUAUUCACAAAAUACAGAUCUUCAAUGGCACAAAUGCACUCAGAUUAAGUAUAGUUUGUGUACAUAUCUAAAUAAAAUUUGUUCACAGCC